UACGUUUCUAAUAAGCUUCCUCGACCCCCUGUUUUUCCAAAAAAGCGAUCAUGUUUCUGGACUCAUCGCUGACCAAUUUGUCCACGCUAACAAAGCCGGAAGUAAAGCAUUUCCUUGACUCAAUCGACACCAUUCUUUUCGAUUGCGAUGGUGUUUUGUGGCUCGAGAACGAGGUCAUUCCAGGCUCCGUUGAGGCAGUGAACAAGCUCAGGGAAAUGGGUAAAAAGAUCAUGUUUGUCACUAACAAUUCCACAAAAGUCAGAGACGAGUUCGUAACCAAAGCCAGGAGAAUGAACUUUGUUGUUGAUAAAGAUGAAAUCGUCAGCACUUCAUAUUUGGUGGUCAGUUAUUUAAAGGGCCAAGGCUUCACUAAGACAGUUUACCUAGUGGGGUCGAAAGGAAUUGCACAGGAGCUAGAAGCAGCCGGGAUUAAAUACACCGGCGUUGGGCCAGAUGUUCUUCAAAACAACGUGGCAUUCACAUUAGAAACAUUCCAUCCAGAUCCUGAAGUGGGCGCCGUGAUUGUCGGCUUUGACGAACACUUUUCAUUCAACAAAAUGAUUAAAGCAGCUACAUACCUCAGCAAGCAGCACUGCCUGUUCCUGGCAACAAACACUGAUGAACGCUUUCCUGUAGGCGGCGAUAUCGUGGUUCCAGGCACUGGAGCGAUAGUCAAGGCAAUUGAAACUUGUGCCUUAAGAGAGCCCAUUGUGGUAGGCAAACCGAACUCUUACAUAGCGGAUUGUUUGAUUAAAGAGCAUGGCGUGAACCCUGCAAGAACAUUAAUGGUUGGUGACAGGUGUAACACCGACAUUCUGCUGGGCACCAGAUGCGGAUUCCAAACUUUGCUGGUAUUGACUGGAGUGACUAAACUAGACCGGGUGGUGGAAUGGAAGCACUCAGGAGCGAAAGAAGAUAAGGAGUUAGUUCCGGAUGUUUAUUUGGACAAGCUGGGAGAUAUAUUAAAGUUAAUAGAAUAAUUUAAUAUUUUUAUUUAUGUUAAUUUAUUAUAUAUGAGCUCCACAUAUUUAAUAAAAAAGGGAAAUUUGCAAUAUGAAAA